UGUGUGUGUAUAAUAGAACCUGUUUGGAGCAAAACAAGCAAAAGGUUCCCCAGACACCUAAACAGAAGAUUCUGGGAGGUCCCAGGCAUCACAAUUAGCUGCUAGUUGAUAAUCAGCACCAGUAAUGAGAUAACUAGCUUACCCAAUGUUCUCUACAUCUCACAAUUGGAGGGAAUUUCUUGUUUCCCAGUGUAAAAUUUGGUGGUUUUAGGUUGUCUUUUUGAAGAGAAAAAAAGGAUCAAAACCUAGUGCUUGUGAGGAGGAAAGCUAUAUUAAUUAAAGAAAGUGAGUUGUUUCAUGUAGUAGCUGUGUAAGAUUUAGGUUUCAAGCUGCAUUUUAAAUGCAGCUUGCUUGAUAGAAGAAAAGUGUAUCCUGUCUUUAUUUGUAUAAAGUAAAAAUGAACCUGUGUACAACAUUACUUUUAUUUCUUAAUACAUUUUUGGGAAAGUUAAUUGCAACUGUGUGGUUCAGGGAUUUAGUGCAAGAAGAAGAACAGUUGAUGGAAGAAAAGAAAAAGAAAAAAGACGAGAAGAAAAAGAAGGAAGCUGCUCAAAAGAAGGUGGCCACUGAACAAAAAAUCAAAGUGCCAGAACAGAUAAAGCCCAGUGUAAGCCAGCCUCAGCCUGCCAACUCUAAUAACGGCACUUCCACAGCAACCAGCACUAAUAAUAAUGCCAAGCGAGCCACAGCCAACAAUCAACAGCAGCCACAGCAGCAGCCUCAGCAGCCGCAGCAGCAGCAACCACAACAGCUACAGGCCUUGCCUCGGUAUCCUCGUGAAGUACCUCCACGAUUUCGCCACCAGGAACAGAAACAGCUUCUAAAAAGGGGUCAGCAUUUUCCUGUCAUAGCAGCAAACCUGGGAUCUGCUGUUAAGGUGUUAAACAACCAGUCAGAAAGCAGUGCUGUAACAAAUCAACAGCCGCAAAGUAACGGAGAGGUGCAGAACAGCAAAAACCAGUCAGAUAUAAACCACAAUACUUCAGGAUCCCAUUAUGAAAAUUCCCAGCGGGAACCUGUGUCUUCUACAAGUGACUGUAGCACAAACUGUAAGAAUGCUGUUGUAAACGACUUGUUGGACAAAGAAGCAUGGCCCUCAGCCACUGGCAGUGAUCCAGAGUCGGCUUCAGAAUGUAUGGAUGCUGAUUCUGCCUCCAGUUCUGAAUCAGAGAGAAACAUUUCUAUCAUGGCUUCAGGGAGUACGGGAGGUGAAAAAGACAGCCUUCGGAACAGCACUGGACUUGGCUCCCAAAACAAAUUUGUGGUUGGCAACAGCAAUAAUGUGGGCCACGGAGGCAGUACCGGACCGUGGGGCUUUCCCCACGGAGCCAUUGCAAGCACAUGUCAGGUCUCUGUGGAUGCUCCUGAAAGCAAACCAGAAAGUAGCAACAAUAGAAUGAACGCUUGGGGCACUGCAAGUUCUUCAUCAAAUGGAGGGUUAAAUCCAAGCACUUUGAAUUCAGCUAGCAACCAUGGUGCCUGGCCAGUAUUAGAAAACAAUGGACUUGCCCUAAAAGGGCCUGUAGGGAGUGGUAGUUCUGGCAUCACUAUCCAGUGCAGUACCCUUGGCCAGAUGCCUAACAAUCAGAGUAUUAACUCUAAAGUGAGUGGUUCUUCUACUCAUGGUACCUGGGGAAGCCUUCAGGAAACUUGUGAAUCUGAAGUCAGUGGUACACAGAAGGUUUCAUUCAGUGGUCAACCUCAAAAUAUUACCACUGAAAUAACUGGACCAAAUAACACUACUAACUUUAUGACCUCUAGUUUACCAAACUCCGGAUCAGUACAGAAUACUGAACUGCCUAGUAGUAAUGCAGGGGCCUGGCGUGUGAGCACAAUGAAUCAUCCUCAGAUACAGGUUCCGUCGGUUAUGAAUGGCACUUCCCUUUCUCAUCUUAGCAACGGAGAGUCAAAAAGUGGAGGCUCUUACGGUACUACGUGGGGUGCCUAUGGUUCUAAUUACUCUGGAGACAAAUGUUCAGGCCCCAACGGCCAAGCUAAUGGUGACACUGUGAAUGCAACUCUAAUGCAGCCUGGUGUGAAUGGGCCUCUGGGCACUAACUUUCAAGUUAACACAAAUAAAGGAGGUGGUGUGUGGGAGGCUGGGGCGGCAGGUACUCCGAGUACAUCGUGGGGGAGUGGAAAUGGGGUGAACUCUGGAGGAAGCCGAAGAGGAUGGGGAACCCCUGCACAAAACACUGGCACGAACAUAGCCAGCGUCGAGUGGAACAAACUGCCUAGCAAUCCACAUUCCAACGACAGUACAAAUGGCAAUGGUAAAAAGUUUACAAAUGGAUGGAAAUCUACUGAGGAAGAGGAUCAGGGUUCUGCCGCAUCUCAGACAAAUGAGCAAAGCAGUGUGUGGGCCAAAGCCGGAGGCAUGGUGGAGAGCGAGGGUAGUACAGAAAGCACUGGACGCCUUGAGGAGAAAGGACCUGGGGAAAGUCAGAAUAGGGAUAGAAGGAAAAUUGACCAGCACACAUUACUCCAAAGCAUUGUAAACAGAACUGACUUAGAUCCACGUGUCCUAUCCAACUCUGGUUGGGGACAGACUCCUAUUAAGCAGAAUACUGCCUGGGAUACCGAAGCAUCGCCUAGAGGGGAAAGAAAGGCUGACAACGGGACCGAGGCCUGGGGAAGCUCUGCAACACAGACUUUUAACUCAGGGGCAUGUAUAGAGAAGACUAGCCCUAAUAGUAAUGAUACCUCAUCUGUAUCGGGGUGGGGCGAUCCUAAACCUGCCCUGAGGUGGGGAGAUUCCAAAGGCUCAAACUGCCAGGGGGGGUGGGAAGAUGAUUCUGCUGCUACAGGAAUGAUCAAGAGCAAUCAGUGGGGAAAUUGCAAAGAAGAGAAGUCCACAUGGAAUGAUUCGCAAAAGAACAAGCAGGGGUGGGCUGAUGGACAGAAACCAAACCAAGGUUGGCCCGUUUCUGCCAGCGAUAACUGGGGAGAAACGAGGAGUAACCAUUGGGGUGAGGCUAAUAAGAAGUCCAGCUCAGGAGGUAGUGACAGUGACAGGUCUGUUUCUGGUUGGAACGAACUUGGUAAAACUAGUUCGUUUACUUGGGGGAACAACAUAAACCCAAAUAAUUCGUCAGGAUGGGAUGAAUCUUCUAAACCUAAUCCUUCCCAGGGAUGGGGAGACCCUCCAAAGUCUAAUCAGUCUUUAGGUUGGGGAGAUUCAUCAAAGCCAGUCAGCCCUCCAGACUGGAACAAGCAACAAGACAUUGUUGGAUCUUGGGGAAUCCCAUCAGCCACAGGCAAACCACCUGGGACAGGCUGGUUGGGGGGACCUAUACCAGCCCCAACAAAAGAAGAAGAGCCCACCGGCUGGGAGGAACCAUCUCCGGAGUCGAUUCGACGCAAAAUGGAGAUUGAUGAUGGAACUUCCGCUUGGGGAGAUCCAAGCAAGUACAACUAUAAAAAUGUGAACAUGUGGAACCGAAAUGUCCCAAACAGCAGCCGUUCAGACCAGCAAGCACAGGUACAUCAGCUGCUACCGUCUACAAGUGCCAUCUCAAACAAGGAGACGAGCAGUGGCUCCGGCUGGGGUGAGCCCUGGGGGGAGCCUUCUACUCCAGCCACAACUGUGGAUAAUGGUACUUCAGCCUGGGGUAAACCCAUAGACAGUGGUCCCAGCUGGGGGGAACCCAUUGCUGCGGCAUCCAACACAUCCACGUGGGGCUCCAGCUCUGUUGGUCCACAAGCGUUAAGCAAAUCUGGGCCCAAAUCUAUGCAAGAUGGCUGGUGUGGUGAUGAUCUGCCAUUGCCUGGGAAUCGCCCUGCUGGCUGGGAAGAGGAGGAGGACGUAGAGAUUGGAAUGUGGAAUAGUAACUCAUCUCAAGAGCUUAACUCAUCUUUAAAUUGGCCACCAUAUACCAAGAAAAUGUCGUCGAAGGGUCUGAGUGGCAAAAAAAGGAGAAGGGAAAGGGGAAUGAUGAAAGGUGGAAACAAACAAGAAGAAACAUGGAUAAAUCCGUUUGUCAAACAGUUCUCGAACAUCAAUUUUUCGAGAGACUCACCGGAUGAAAAUGUACAGAGCAAUAAAAUGGACCUUUCCGGAGGAAUGUUACAAGACAAACGGAUGGAAAUAGAUAAGCAUAGCCUCAAUAUUGGUGAUUACAAUCGGACGGUCGGGAAAGGCACUAGUUCUCGGCCUCAGAUUUCCAAAGAGUCUUCCAUGGAGCGCAAUCCUUACUUUGAUAAGAAUGGCAAUCCCAGUAUGUUUGGUGUUGGAAACACAGCAGCACAACCCCGGGGCAUGCAGCAGCCUCCAGCACAACCUCUUAGUUCAUCUCAGCCUAAUCUCCGUGCUCAAGUGCCUCCUCCAUUACUCUCCCCUCAGGUUCCAGUUUCCUUGCUGAAGUAUGCACCAAACAACGGUGGCCUGAACCCGCUCUUUGGCCCUCAGCAGGUAGCCAUGCUGAACCAGCUCUCCCAGCUAAACCAGCUUUCUCAGAUCUCCCAGUUACAGCGAUUGUUGGCGCAGCAGCAAAGGGCGCAGAGUCAGAGAAGCGUGCCUUCUGGUAACCGGCAGCAGCAAGAACAGCAGGGUCGGCCUCUCAGUGUGCAACAGCAGAUGAUGCAGCAGUCUCGCCAGCUGGAUCCAAACCUGUUGGUGAAGCAACAGACUCCGCCAUCCCAGCAGCAGUCACUCCAUCAGCCAGCCAUGAAGUCUUUCCUUGACAAUGUCAUGCCCCACACUACAUCGGAGCUGCAAAAAGGGCCAUCACCAAUAAAUGCUUUCAGCAACUUUCCUAUAGGCUUGAACUCAAACUUGAAUGUAAAUAUGGACGUGAACAGUAUUAAAGAGCCGCAGUCGAGACUAAGGAAGUGGACGACAGUGGACAGCAUUUCUGUGAACACAUCUUUGGAUCAGAACUCCAGCAAACAUGGUGCUAUUUCAAGUGGUUUCAGGCUGGAAGAGUCUCCAUUUGUUCCCUAUGACUUUAUGAACAGCAGUACUUCACCAGCCAGUCCUCCGGGUUCAAUAGGAGAUGGCUGGCCACGUGCCAAAUCGCCUAAUGGCUCUAGCAGUGUUAAUUGGCCACCAGAAUUUCGCCCUGGUGAACCAUGGAAAGGUUAUCCAAACAUUGACCCCGAAACUGACCCUUACGUCACUCCUGGCAGUGUCAUAAACAAUCUUUCAAUUAAUACUGUGCGGGAAGUGGACCACCUCAGGGACAGGAACAGUGGGUCAUCCUCAUCCUUGAACACCACGCUGCCUUCAACUAGUGCCUGGUCAUCCAUUCGUGCCUCCAACUACAACGUUCCCCUCAGCAGUACAGCACAAAGCACUUCAGCCAGAAAUAGUGAUUCCAAAUUGACGUGGUCUCCUGGUUCAGUUACAAACACAUCUCUGGCUCACGAGCUGUGGAAGGUCCCUCUGCCACCUAAAAACAUCACUGCUCCGUCCCGUCCGCCUCCGGGACUGACUGGUCAGAAGCCUCCCUUGUCUACGUGGGAUAACUCUCCCCUUCGUGUCGGAGGAGGAUGGGGGAAUUCUGACGCCAGAUACACCCCAGGUUCCAGCUGGGGUGAGAGCAGCUCAGGGAGAAUAACAAAUUGGCUUGUUCUGAAAAACCUUACACCUCAGAUCGAUGGCUCAACUCUGCGAACCCUGUGCAUGCAGCAUGGCCCGCUGAUAACAUUCCACCUGAACCUCCCCCACGGAAAUGCCCUCGUCCGCUACAGUUCAAAAGAAGAGGUAGUGAAGGCACAAAAGUCUCUGCACAUGUGUGUACUGGGGAACACUACUAUUCUUGCUGAGUUUGCCAGUGAAGAGGAGAUCAGUCGUUUCUUUGCACAAAGUCAGUCUCUGACCCCUUCUCCCGGCUGGCAGUCGCUGGGGUCCAGCCAGAGCCGGCUGGGCUCCCUCGACUGCUCCCAUGCAUUCUCCAGCCGGGCCGACCUCAAUCACUGGAAUGGUGCUGCGCUGUCGGGAGCCACCUGCGGAGACCUUCAUGGCACUUCCCUCUGGGGGACCCCGCACUACGCCACGAGCCUGUGGGCGCCCCCGAGCAGCAGCGACCCCCGGGGAAUUAGCAGCCCAUCCCCCAUUAACGCUUUUCUUUCUGUUGACCACCUGGGUGGGGGUGGAGAGUCCAUGUGACAUGGAUGUACACGCGACCCAUGACCUCAAGAAGCGAAAGAAAGGGGCACUAACUGGGCUCACCGCCUGCAGCCAGGGGCCACUGUGGGAACAGCUACUUUCUGCACAUUUUCCACUUUGAUUUCCCCAAAACAUAUCAGUUUGAAUACUUGAAUCAUGCAGGCCAAUAUUAUAAUGUGAAAGGUAUCUAUCUAUUUACACUCCCAAACAGCGCCAUACAUGCCAGACCGCGUGGCGUGAGCUCGCGUGAGUGCAUUCAUCAUGUUUAGCCUUUGGAUUCUUUCUCUCCUUUCUUAGGACCCCUCACUUCACAUCCCCCUUGUUUGCUUCUUUCUUCUUCGUUUUCCUUUUCUUUUUUUUUGCUAAACCAUUUUCGGGCUGAUAAUGUAUGAGCUUUUACCUUUGCCCUGAGCGGCGCCCCCUGCGGCGUGGGGUGGCGUUUGGGUGUAAAUGUUUACUCAAGGACGUUCGUAGUGCGCGCUCUACUAUGCCUUGAUGUUUGCCUACCUUCCGUGGUGUCGUGGACUCUCCGAGAUCAAGUGCGGAUGCUGACGUAGCGUUAGUGAUGAAAGUAUUGCACCCGUUUUCUUCAUGUUGUAAAACUAAAGAAUUUCACUCUGCAGUUUGAAAAACUGUGGCCACAGCUGUGACUUGCAGCCCGCCUGCCUCCCAGGCCGGGCCCUGCACUUUGAAUAGGCUUUUCCAUUUUGUUUUGAAGGUUCCCGCCGUGGACCUUCUUGUUUACAGAUUUUUUUGUUUGUUUUUUGAGAAAAAAAUGUUUACUCUUCCAUCAUUUAAAAAAAAUUUAAAAGACAAAAAAAAUGGAGGAUGAUUUAAAAGAUGCUUUCUAUCUCUGGGAAAAAAAAUAAAUAAAAAAAAGGAGCAGCAUUUGGCCAUGUUCUUUUGUUUUCUAUUCCUGUCCUAAAUCAAAGAGCAUGGUUCUCAGGAAAACCAGUUCCCCAGUUUAAAAAAUAUAUAUAUAUUAAAAAAAAAUGUCCUUGUAGUUUCUUAUAGGAAAAAAAGAAACCACCCAACUUUUAGCACUGAUAUUACGUAUUGCUCUGUUAAAGAAUUUUUCUCUGCCAAAAAGAAAACAAAAAAAAACAAAAAAAAUGCUUAAAGCUGGAGUUUGGCAUUCUGCUUUCAGACGCUGUCUUUUUAUUAGUGAGUGAUGAUGGUUUGCUAAUAAUCAGUAGGUAAUCAUUUUUUGUGACCCCCAUCAAGUGGCUCCGUUUCUGCCCUCGUGACUGUGUUAACGUUUAACUGUUGUACCUUAAAGCUGAAAUCAGUAACUAUGCAUACUGUAUCCAAGUUAUUGGGCUUACAGCUGUUGUUUGUUGUAUAAAGAAAAUUUUAAAUGUUGUUGCAAACUAACGAGUUAUACCAUUUUUAAGUUCCCUCCCCCACCCCUUUUUUUGCCCACAAAUGGUAUUCUAAUGCUUGCUUAGUCAAAGACGGGACUAAACAAGGGUAAAACUUUUACAGAUCCAGUUUGCCAUCAUUCAUUGCCUUGAUUCUUAACUGUUGCUGUCCUACGAGGCAGGAGAAGUCAGUGGCUUUUAACUGUUUACAAAUAGAAUGUGAUUGUAAAAUGUACAGUUUGGUUGUGUUUGAAUUAUGAAAUCUCUUCAGAUAUAAUAAACCAUGACUUUCUGGCUGCUCAACA